AUGAGCGCCGCCGUGCACUGUAGCUUCGCGCCCUGCGGCCCAGAGGGAACCUACCCGCAGCCAGCAGCGGUCCCCACCAGCAGCCCGCAGCCAGCAGCGGUCCCCGCCAGCAGCCUGCAGCCAGCAGCGGUCCCCACCAGCAGCCUGCAGCCAGCAGCGGUCCCCACCAGCAGCCUGCAGCCAGCAGCGGUCCCCGCCAGCAGCCCGCAGCCAGCAGCGGUCCCCACCAGCAGCCUGCAGCCAGCAGCGGUCCUCGCCACCGGCCAGCAGUGGUCCCCGCCAACAGCAGUCCCCGCCAGCAGCCAGCAGCGGUCCUCGCCAGCGGCCAGCAGCGGUCCCCGCCAGCAGCGGUCCCCGCCAGCAGCCAGCAGCCAGCAGCGGUCCCCACCAGCAGCCCGCAGCCAGCAGCGGUCCCCGCCAGCAGCCUGCAGCCAGCAGCGGUCCCCACCAGCAGCCUGCAGCCAGCAGCGGUCCCCGCCAGCAGCCUGCAGCCAGCAGCGGUCCCCGCCAGCAGCCCGCAGCCAGCAGCGGUCCUCGCCAGCAGCGGUCCUCGCCAGCAGCCCGCAGCCAGCAGCGGUCCCCACCAGCAGCCCGCAGCCAGCAGCGGUCCCCGCCAGCAGCCUGCAGCCAGCAGCGGUCCCCACCAGCAGCCUGCAGCCAGCAGCGGUCCUCGCCAGCAGCGGUCCUCGCCAGCAGCCCGCAGCCAGCAGCGGUCCCCACCAGCAGCCCGCAGCCAGCAGCGGUCCCCGCCAGCAGCCUGCAGCCAGCAGCGGUCCCCACCAGCAGCCUGCAGCCAGCAGCGGUCCUCGCCAGCAGCGGUCCUCGCCAGCAGCCCGCAGCCAGCAGCGGUCCCCACCAGCAGCCCGCAGCCAGCAGCGGUCCCCGCCAGCAGCCUGCAGCCAGCAGCGGUCCCCACCAGCAGCCUGCAGCCAGCAGCGGUCCCCGCCAGCAGCCUGCAGCCAGCAGCGGUCCCCGCCAGCAGCCUGCAGCCAGCAGCGGUCCUCGCCACCGGCCAGCAGUGGUCCCCGCCAACAGCAGUCCCCGCCAGCAGCCAGCAGCGGUCCUCGCCAGCGGCCAGCAGCGGUCCCCGCCAGCAGCGGUCCCCACCAGCAGCCUGCAGCCAGCAGCGGUCCUCGCCAGCAGCGGUCCUCGCCAGCAGCCCGCAGCCAGCAGCGGUCCCCACCAGCAGCCCGCAGCCAGCAGCGGUCCCCGCCAGCAGCCUGCAGCCAGCAGCGGUCCCCACCAGCAGCCCGCAGCCAGCAGCGGUCCCCACCAGCAGCCCGCAGCCAGCAGCGGUCCCCGCCAGCAGCCAGCAGCCAGCAGCGGUCCCCACCAGCAGCCCGCAGCCAGCAGCGGUCCCCGCCAGCAGCCUGCAGCCAGCAGCGGUCCCCACCAGCAGCCUGCAGCCAGCAGCGGUCCCCACCAGCAGCCUGCAGCCAGCAGCGGUCCCCACCAGCAGCCCGCAGCCAGCAGCGGUCCCCGCCAGCAGCCUGCAGCCAGCAGCGGUCCCCACCAGCAGCCCGCAGCCAGCAGCGGUCCCCACCAGCAGCCCGCAGCCAGCAGCGGUCCCCGCCAGCAGCCAGCAGCCAGCAGCGGUCCCCACCAGCAGCCCGCAGCCAGCAGCGGUCCCCACCAGCAGCCCGCAGCCAGCAGCGGUCCCCACCAGCAGCCUGCAGCCAGCAGCGGUCCCCACCAGCAGCCCGCAGCCAGCAGCGGUCCUCGCCAGCAGCCCGCAGCCAGCAGCGGUCCCCACCAGCAGCCCGCAGCCAGCAGCGGUCCCCGCCAGCAGCCAGCAGCCAGCAGCGGUCCUCGCCAGCAGCCCGCAGCCAGCAGCGGUCCCCACCAGCAGCCCGCAGCCAGCAGCGGUCCCCGCCAGCAGCCUGCAGCCAGCAGCGGUCCCCACCAGCAGCCCGCAGCCAGCAGCGGUCCCCACCAGCAGCCCGCAGCCAGCAGCGGUCCCCGCCAGCAGCCAGCAGCCAGCAGCGGUCCCCACCAGCAGCCCGCAGCCAGCAGCGGUCCCCGCCAGCAGCCUGCAGCCAGCAGCGGUCCCCACCAGCAGCCUGCAGCCAGCAGCGGUCCCCGCCAGCAGCCUGCAGCCAGCAGCGGUCCCCGCCAGCAGCCCGCAGCCAGCAGCGGUCCUCGCCAGCAGCGGUCCUCGCCAGCAGCCCGCAGCCAGCAGCGGUCCCCACCAGCAGCCCGCAGCCAGCAGCGGUCCCCGCCAGCAGCCUGCAGCCAGCAGCGGUCCCCACCAGCAGCCUGCAGCCAGCAGCGGUCCUCGCCAGCAGCGGUCCUCGCCAGCAGCCCGCAGCCAGCAGCGGUCCCCACCAGCAGCCCGCAGCCAGCAGCGGUCCCCGCCAGCAGCCUGCAGCCAGCAGCGGUCCCCACCAGCAGCCUGCAGCCAGCAGCGGUCCUCGCCAGCAGCGGUCCUCGCCAGCAGCCCGCAGCCAGCAGCGGUCCCCACCAGCAGCCCGCAGCCAGCAGCGGUCCCCGCCAGCAGCCUGCAGCCAGCAGCGGUCCCCACCAGCAGCCUGCAGCCAGCAGCGGUCCUCGCCAGCAGCGGUCCUCGCCAGCAGCCCGCAGCCAGCAGCGGUCCCCACCAGCAGCCCGCAGCCAGCAGCGGUCCCCGCCAGCAGCCUGCAGCCAGCAGCGGUCCCCACCAGCAGCCUGCAGCCAGCAGCGGUCCUCGCCAGCAGCGGUCCUCGCCAGCAGCCCGCAGCCAGCAGCGGUCCCCACCAGCAGCCCGCAGCCAGCAGCGGUCCCCGCCAGCAGCCUGCAGCCAGCAGCGGUCCCCACCAGCAGCCUGCAGCCAGCAGCGGUCCUCGCCAGCAGCGGUCCUCGCCAGCAGCCCGCAGCCAGCAGCGGUCCCCACCAGCAGCCCGCAGCCAGCAGCGGUCCCCGCCAGCAGCCUGCAGCCAGCAGCGGUCCCCACCAGCAGCCUGCAGCCAGCAGCGGUCCUCGCCAGCAGCGGUCCUCACCAGCAGCCCGCAGCCAGCAGCGGUCCCCACCAGCAGCCCGCAGCCAGCAGCGGUCCCCGCCAGCAGCCUGCAGCCAGCAGCGGUCCCCACCAGCAGCCUGCAGCCAGCAGCGGUCCACGCCAGCAGCGGUCCUCGCCAGCAGCCCGCAGCCAGCAGCGGUCCCCACCAGCAGCCCGCAGCCAGCAGCGGUCCCCGCCAGCAGCCUUCAGCCAGCAGCAGUCCCCACCAGCAGCCUGCAGCCAGCAGCGGUCCUCGCCAGCAGCGGUCCUCGCCAGCAGCCCGCAGCCAGCAGCGGUCCCCACCAGCAGCCCGCAGCCAGCAGCGGACCCCGCCAGCAGCCUGCAGCCAGCAGCGGUCCCCACCAGCAGCCCGCAGCCAGCAGCGGUCCUCGCCAGCAGCGGUCCUCGCCAGCAGCCCGCAGCCAGCAGCGGUCCCCACCAGCAGCCCGCAGCCAGCAGCGGUCCCCGCCAGCAGCCUGCAGCCAGCAGCGGUCCCCACCAGCAGCCUGCAGCCAGCAGCGGUCCUCGCCAGCAGCGGUCCUCGCCAGCAGCCCGCAGCCAGCAGCGGUCCCCACCAGCAGCCCGCAGCCAGCAGCGGUCCCCGCCAGCAGCCUGCAGCCAGCAGCGGUCCCCACCAGCAGCCUGCAGCCAGCAGCGGUCCUCGCCAGCAGCGGUCCUCGCCAGCAGCCCGCAGCCAGCAGCGGUCCCCACCAGCAGCCCGCAGCCAGCAGCGGUCCCCGCCAGCAGCCUGCAGCCAGCAGCGGUCCCCACCAGCAGCCUGCAGCCAGCAGCGGUCCUCGCCAGCAGCGGUCCUCGCCAGCAGCCCGCAGCCAGCAGCGGUCCCCACCAGCAGCCCGCAGCCAGCAGCGGUCCCCGCCAGCAGCCUGCAGCCAGCAGCGGUCCCCACCAGCAGCCUGCAGCCAGCAGCGGUCCCCGCCAGCAGCCUGCAGCCAGCAGCGGUCCCCGCCAGCAGCCCGCAGCCAGUAGCGGUCCUCGCCAGCAGCCUGCAGCCAGCAGCGGUCCCCACCAGCAGCCUGCAGCCAGCAGCGGUCCUCGCCAGCAGCGGUCCUCGCCAGCAGCCCGCAGCCAGCAGCGGUCCCCACCAGCAGCCCGCUGCCAGCAGCGGUCCCCGCCAGCAGCCUGCAGCCAGCAGCGGUCCCCACCAGCAGCCCGCAGCCAGCAGCGGUCCCCGCCAGCAGCCUGCAGCCAGCAGCGGUCCCCGCCAGCAGCCCGCAGCCAGCAGCGGUCCCCGCCAGCAGCCCGCAGCCAGCAGCGGUCCCCACCAGCAGCCUGCAGCCAGCAGCGGUCCUCGCCAGCAGCGGUCCUCGCCAGCAGCCCGCAGCCAGCAGCGGUCCCCACCAGCAGCCCGCUGCCAGCAGCGGUCCCCGCCAGCAGCCUGCAGCCAGCAGCGGUCCCCACCAGCAGCCCGCAGCCAGCAGCGGUCCCCGCCAGCAGCCUGCAGCCAGCAGCGGUCCCCACCAGCAGCCUGCAGCCAGCAGCGGUCCUCGCCAGCAGCGGUCCUCGCCAGCAGCCCGCAGCCAGCAGCGGUCCCCGCCAGCAGCCUGCAGCCAGCAGCGGUCCCCACCAGCAGCCUGCAGCCAGCAGCGGUCCUCGCCAGCAGUGGUCCUCGCCAGCAGCCCGCAGCCAGCAGCGGUCCCCACCAGCAGCCCGCAGCCAGCAGCGGUCCCCGCCAGCAGCCUGCAGCCAGCAGCGGUCCCCACCAGCAGCCUGCAGCCAGCAGCGGUCCCCGCCAGCAGCCUGCAGCCAGCAGCGGUCCCCGCCAGCAGCCCGCAGCCAGCAGCGGUCCUCGCCAGCAGCGGUCCUCGCCAGCAGCCCGCAGCCAGCAGCGGUCCCCACCAGCAGCCCGCAGCCAGCAGCGGUCCCCGCCAGCAGCCUGCAGCCAGCAGCGGUCCCCACCAGCAGCCUGCAGCCAGCAGCGGUCCUCGCCAGCAGCGGUCCUCGCCAGCAGCCCGCAGCCAGCAGCGGUCCCCACCAGCAGCCUGCAGCCAGCAGCGGUCCCCACCAGCAGCCCGCAGCCAGCAGCGGUCCCCGCCAGCAGCCCGCAGCCAGCAGCGGUCCCCACCAGCAGCCCGCAGCCAGCAGCGGUCCCCGCCAGCAGCCUGCAGCCAGCAGCGGUCCCCACCAGCAGCCUGCAGCCAGCAGCGGUCCCCGCCAGCAGCCUGCAGCCAGCAGCGGUCCCCGCCAGCAGCCCGCAGCCAGCAGCGGUCCCCACCAGCAGCCAGCAGCCAGCAGCGGUCCCCGCCAGCAGCCUGCAGCCAGCAGCGGUCCCCGCCAGCAGCCCGCAGCCAGCAGCGGUCCUCGCCAGCAGCCUGCAGCCAGCAGCGGUCCCCGCCAGCAGCCUGCAGCCAGCAGCGGUCCCCACCAGCAGCCUGCAGCCAGCAGCGGUCCUCGCCAGCAGCGGUCCUCGCCAGCAGCCCGCAGCCAGCAGCGGUCCCCACCAGCAGCCCGCAGCCAGCAGCGGUCCCCGCCAGCAGCCUGCAGCCAGCAGCGGUCCCCACCAGCAGCCUGCAGCCAGCAGCGGUCCUCGCCAGCAGCGGUCCUCGCCAGCAGCCCGCAGCCAGCAGCGGUCCCCACCAGCAGCCCGCAGCCAGCAGCGGUCCCCGCCAGCAGCCUGCAGCCAGCAGCGGUCCCCACCAGCAGCCUGCAGCCAGCAGCGGUCCUCGCCAGCAGCGGUCCUCGCCAGCAGCCCGCAGCCAGCAGCGGUCCCCACCAGAAGCCCGCAGCCAGCAGCGGUCCCCGCCAGCAGCCUGCAGCCAGCAGCGGUCCCCACCAGCAGCCCGCAGCCAGCAGCGGUCCCCGCCAGCAGCCUGCAGCCAGCAGCGGUCCCCACCAGCAGCCUGCAGCCAGCAGCGGUCCUCGCCAGCAGCGGUCCUCGCCAGCAGCCCGCAGCCAGCAGCGGUCCCCGCCAGCAGCCUGCAGCCAGCAGCGGUCCCCACCAGCAGCCUGCAGCCAGCAGCGGUCCUCGCCAGCAGCGGUCCUCGCCAGCAGCCCGCAGCCAGCAGCGGUCCCCACCAGCAGCCCGCAGCCAGCAGCGGUCCCCGCCAGCAGCCUGCAGCCAGCAGCGGUCCCCACCAGCAGCCUGCAGCCAGCAGCGGUCCCCGCCAGCAGCCUGCAGCCAGCAGCGGUCCCCGCCAGCAGCCCGCAGCCAGCAGCGGUCCUCGCCAGCAGCGGUCCUCGCCAGCAGCCCGCAGCCAGCAGCGGUCCCCACCAGCAGCCCGCAGCCAGCAGCGGUCCCCGCCAGCAGCCUGCAGCCAGCAGCGGUCCCCACCAGCAGCCUGCAGCCAGCAGCGGUCCUCGCCAGCAGCGGUCCUCGCCAGCAGCCCGCAGCCAGCAGCGGUCCCCACCAGCAGCCCGCAGCCAGCAGCGGUCCCCGCCAGCAGCCUGCAGCCAGCAGCGGUCCCCACCAGCAGCCCGCAGCCAGCAGCGGUCCCCGCCAGCAGCCUGCAGCCAGCAGCGGUCCCCGCCAGCAGCCCGCAGCCAGCAGCGGUCCUCGCCAGCAGCGGUCCUCGCCAGCAGCCCGCAGCCAGCAGCGGUCCCCACCAGCAGCCCGCAGCCAGCAGCGGUCCCCGCCAGCAGCCUGCAGCCAGCAGCGGUCCCCACCAGCAGCCUGCAGCCAGCAGCGGUCCUCGCCAGCAGCGGUCCUCGCCAGCAGCCCGCAGCCAGCAGCGGUCCCCACCAGCAGCCCGCAGCCAGCAGCGGUCCCCGCCAGCAGCCUGCAGCCAGCAGCGGUCCCCACCAGCAGCCUGCAGCCAGCAGCGGUCCCCGCCAGCAGCCUGCAGCCAGCAGCGGUCCCCGCCAGCAGCCCGCAGCCAGCAGCGGUCCUCGCCAGCAGCGGUCCUCGCCAGCAGCCCGCAGCCAGCAGCGGUCCCCACCAGCAGCCCGCAGCCAGCAGCGGUCCCCGCCAGCAGCCUGCAGCCAGCAGCGGUCCCCACCAGCAGCCUGCAGCCAGCAGCGGUCCUCGCCAGCAGCGGUCCUCGCCAGCAGCCCGCAGCCAGCAGCGGUCCCCACCAGCAGCCCGCAGCCAGCAGCGGUCCCCGCCAGCAGCCUGCAGCCAGCAGCGGUCCCCACCAGCAGCCCGCAGCCAGCAGCGGUCCCCGCCAGCAGCCUGCAGCCAGCAGCGGUCCCCGCCAGCAGCCCGCAGCCAGCAGCGGUCCUCGCCAGCAGCGGUCCUCGCCAGCAGCCCGCAGCCAGCAGCGGUCCCCACCAGCAGCCCGCAGCCAGCAGCGGUCCCCGCCAGCAGCCUGCAGCCAGCAGCGGUCCCCACCAGCAGCCUGCAGCCAGCAGCGGUCCUCGCCAGCAGCGGUCCUCGCCAGCAGCCCGCAGCCAGCAGCGGUCCCCACCAGCAGCCUGCAGCCAGCAGCGGUCCCCACCAGCAGCCCGCAGCCAGCAGCGGUCCCCGCCAGCAGCCCGCAGCCAGCAGCGGUCCCCACCAGCAGCCCGCAGCCAGCAGCGGUCCCCGCCAGCAGCCUGCAGCCAGCAGCGGUCCCCACCAGCAGCCUGCAGCCAGCAGCGGUCCCCGCCAGCAGCCUGCAGCCAGCAGCGGUCCCCGCCAGCAGCCCGCAGCCAGCAGCGGUCCCCACCAGCAGCCAGCAGCCAGCAGCGGUCCCCGCCAGCAGCCCGCAGCCAGCAGCGGUCCCCACCAGCAGCCCGCAGCCAGCAGCGGUCCCCGCCAGCAGGCAGCAGCCAGCAGCGGUCCCCGCCAGCAGCCUGCAGCCAGCAGCGGUCCCCACCAGCAGCCUGCAGCCAGCAGCGGUCCCCGCCAGCAGCCAGCAGCCAGCAGCGGUCCCCGCCAGCAGCCCGCAGCCAGCAGCGGUCCCCGCCAGCAGCCCGCAGCCAGCAGCGGUCCCCACCAGCAGCCAGCAGCCAGCAGCGGUCCCCGCCAGCAGCCAGCAGCCAGCAGCGGUCCCCACCAGCAGCCCGCAGCCAGCAGCGGUCCCCGCCAGCAGCCCGCAGCCAGCAGCGGUCCCCACCAGCAGCCCGCAGCCAGCAGCGGUCCCCGCCAGCAGCCUGCAGCCAGCAGCGGUCCCCACCAGCAGCCUGCAGCCAGCAGCGGUCCCCGCCAGCAGCCAGCAGCCAGCAGCGGUCCCCACCAGCAGCCCGCAGCCAGCAGCGGUCCCCGCCAGCAGCCCGCAGCCAGCAGCGGUCCCCACCAGCAGCCAGCAGCCAGCAGCGGUCCCCACCAGCAGCCUGCAGCCAGCAGCGGUCCCCGCCAGCAGCCUGCAGCCAGCAGCGGUCCCCGCCAGCAGCCCGCAGCCAGCAGCGGUCCCCACCAGCAGCCAGCAGCCAGCAGCGGUCCCCGCCAGCAGCCCGCAGCCAGCAGCGGUCCCCACCAGCAGCCCGCAGCCAGCAGCGGUCCCCGCCAGCAGCCUGCAGCCAGCAGCGGUCCCCACCAGCAGCCCGCAGCCAGCAGCGGUCCCCGCCAGCAGCCAGCAGCCAGCAGCGGUCCCCACCAGCAGCCCGCAGCCAGCAGCGGUCCCCGCCAGCAGCCCGCAGCCAGCAGCGGUCCCCACCAGCAGCCCGCAGCCAGCAGCGGUCCCCGCCAGCAGCCUGCAGCCAGCAGCGGUCCCCACCAGCAGCCUGCAGCCAGCAGCGGUCCUCGCCAGCAGCGGUCCUCGCCAGCAGCCCGCAGCCAGCAGCGGUCCCCACCAGCAGCCAGCAGCCAGCAGCGGUCCCCGCCAGCAGCCCGCAGCCAGCAGCGGUCCCCACCAGCAGCCCGCAGCCAGCAGCGGUCCCCGCCAGCAGCCUGCAGCCAGCAGCGGUCCCCACCAGCAGCCUGCAGCCAGCAGCGGUCCUCGCCACCGCAGCAGCAGCGGAGGCGUCCCCACCGGCCAGCCAGCCAGGUCGCCCCCCUGCCCCCUACUCCCCCUCCUCCCCCUAAUCUAUCCUCACCCGACGCAUCCACUAGCAUCUCCGCCAGCACCGCCUCCUCCGCCGCCGUCACCCCCCCA